GCUUUGGCAAAUGCAGGGUAUUCGAGAAGCAGAAGAAAUCGCCAGGUAUCCGCCAGAGGAGCUGCGUUAUCUCCAGUGAUUUAAUCAUGUGACGGGCUUAUUAAGACUUUUAUCAUGAUGAAAUCAAAUUUCCCGAAUAGACAGCGGAUACCGAGGCGAUUUAAAGCCUGCUAACGGAAGGCAAUGCACAGAGGAGGAGGUUACCCAGGACUGGGCUGGUGGAAGGCAGCGGCCCCUGCAGUGUACUGAGACCAAAGAUAGAAGAGCGCCGUCAAGUAAGGAGCGGAACCAACUGAACUUCUGGAUGAGAAUUUCAGAAUAAAAGAGGUCUGCCUUCACUAUGCCAGUAUGGACUGUCUGAACGGCAGCAGGAAGCGGCUGUAGCUGGCUGAGAAUCGGCUACUGGGACCGAUGACGGGACCCAACUCCCCGAGCCGGACCGGCACCUCAUCGGCCAAGUUCAGCAGGCGCGGCCGCUCCAAGAGCACCAGUGCACACUGCCUGCUCCACUACGGCGCUGGGGAGGAGACCGCUGCCUGCCCCCCCAGUAACUCCCCCGAGGAGGAAGAGAAGAAGGAAGGAGGGGUUCUCUUCUACGUUAAUCGGAACGGUUUCCCCAUCGAGAGCGUCACCUGGGAGAGGAUGUGGGGCCAUGUGGCCGCCGUCCACCCCGAGGGCCAGGAGAUGGUGGACCGGAUACGGAAUGCUGCAAACCUGCCAAAAAAUGCUGUUCCCUCCAUUCCAACCUUCAAGCCAUCCAUGUCAGCCCCUGAUUGGCUGGUGGCCGUCCAGAACUACAUGAAGGCUCUGCAGUACAACCACACUGGAACCCAGUUCUUUGAGAUCAAGAAGAGCCGCCCGCUGUGUGGGUUGAUGGAAACAGCGAGGGAGAUGAUCAGGGAGUCUCUACCAAUCAAAUGCCUGGAAGCCGUCAUCCUGGGAGUCUACCUGACCAACGGCCUCGCGUCUCUGGAGCGCUUCCCCAUCAGCUUCAAGACCCAGUUUUUAGGUCACUGCUUCCACCACGUGGUUCUGGGCGUCUACUGCAACGGUCGCUACGGAUCGCUGGGCAUGAGCCGGCGCCCGGACCUGAUGGACAAACCGCUGAGCCACCGGACGCUGGGCGAGCUGGUGGCCGAGUUCGAAAGCUCCUACAAGAGAUACCAGCACACUCUGAAGAAGGUGAAGAUUGGCUUGUACGUGCCUCACGACCCCCAUGUCUUUCAGCCAAUCGAGUGGAAGUAUUUGGUGCUGAACACGACCCGACUCGGAACUCAGGAGAUGAGGAAGGAUCUGGAGAAACAUGGCCGAGACAUGAGGAUGAAGAUCCUGAAAUCCUCCAUCGCUCAGUCACCAAUCAAGGAGCGCAGCCGAGGAAAGUCCUUAUCGCCACGGCGACGGCCGGCCAGCCCUCAGCGACGGACAGCACACCGCAGAGACAAAUCGCCGGCCCCAGUGGAGAGGAAACCUCUGGAGCUCAGCACCCUUAGUGACGGUUACCAGAUCCGUAUCUGACGAACCCCCCUGCCCUCUGACCCUGACCCGCCCCCUCUCAGCCUGGGGUCUACCUGCUGUCAUCGCUGCCAUGGACCAGGUCACUGCAACUGCGUCCGGCUCAAAUCAGAAGUAAAGUAGUUUUGGACUGAAUCUGGUAGCCAUUCUUCAUUCCUGACAGGAAGCUCGUCUAGGUCACUUCCUGUCAUGUAGCUGAAUGCCUGCCUCUGAGGCAGCAGUGACAGCUGAACCGUCUGGUUGGGGGCGGUCCUUUCUUAAAGGGGCGGGGUUUAAAGAAAAAUCAUGGCUGGAUUUUAGAGUGUUUCAUCAUGAAAGAUUCUCAGAACGGUUAUCGGAUUUAAAACGUCUCUCCAGGAGUUGGACCAAAAAUUAUACUAAACAAGUAAAACUCUGAAUAUAAUGGAAUUCAAAACCAACAGGAGUCCAAAUAAUCUGGCUAAACACACUUUGACAUGCAUUAAUCACUGUAGGCAGGUUAGAUUAGGAGAGCAUGUUGGAUCAAUUAUGCAAAAAGAACUAAAGAGUCAGAACAGAAUAGAAAGAGGAGGAAGAUGAAGCUGGAGAGAUGGAAAGAGAUUUAUUAUCAGAGCGCAGCAGCGUCCGUCUGCUGACACAAAUCAGAAGAUUUGACCUUUAAAUGAUUUAAGCUUCACUUUCUGCAAAGUUAAGAAGAAAUUAGCUUUUUAUGUUCAGAGCCGAAUAUUUUUCCCUCUAAAGGUUCUGCAUGGGAAGGAGCUUCAUCAUCCUGAUGGUGAAAAGGUCAAAGUUUAUUUUCAAACCUUCCACCAACAGCUGGAAAGUGAACAGAUUGAGGUUCAGAGGAACCAAACAGGAAGUGAUGCGGUCAGCGCCGUUUGAAGAUGUUUAUGAAUCCAUAAAGUUUCAUUUAAAGGUAGAUCUCUGUAACGGAGGAGAGAGAGUUGAUCCCAGAGAAACUCAGUACUGUUUGCACUGAUUCACACACCUAUGUGGGGGUGUGGGUGUGUGUGUGUGUGUGUGUGUGUAGGAGGGUCUGAACGGUCCAGUCAGGUCAAGUCUGGCCGGAUGUUUGGGUUCUCCUGUCAAUGCCUUCCACCAAUCACAGCACAGAAGCUUGAAUAGCAGUUUUAUUUCAUCAAAACGUUUUGAUUCAUGUUAACACGUUAGCAUGUUAACAUGCUAACAUGCUAACAUUACUUACAUAUCAGACCCAGAUGUUAAAGUUCAUUGAGGUCACAUCAGGAAGUCACUUCCUUCACCAACAGAUUCAAGUCUUACCUUAAUAAACUAAUGAAGUGGAGUUGACCUGUUUGACCUCAGAGUCUGACCCCAAAUCAGUCCUAAUGAACUGAUCAGUUCUACGUAAGGAACUUGAUAUCUAGACUUUGACUAGUCCGCUUCUUUAUUUCUUUUCGUCCAUUCUGUUGAUGGAUGUGUUGCUGUGUUUGGGUCGUUGUCCUGCUGAUGACCCGGUUCUGAUCAAAUGGGUUAAACUCCAGAACAUUUAAGUCACAUGGAAGGGUGUACUUAGUUUUUCUCAUGACUGAACUGUUGAUUAAAAUUGAUUAUAAUCGUUUUUUUCCCUUGACUUUAUUAGCUCAACAAACUAGAUUAUAUUUCAAUUUGAAAAAAACCUCAUCUUUCAAGAUGUUUUAAGAAUUAAACAUGAAAAUAUUCAUAAAACAUUUAUAUACAUAUACAUACAUACUUUGUGUCUUGGUUACAUAAAUUGAUCAAUGUAUGACUUUUCUUUGAAUGUUUCACAUCAUGUUUUUCCAUCAGAACCAGUGCAUUUAGUUGCCAAAAGAAACAUUUAAAGCUAAAAGCUAUGCAGCAGCUGUUAGCAGAGACGAAACAAAAACCAAGUCUUCCUCAGUGACUGUUUCCUGUUUGAACAAACAUUCUGAUUCAUUCUGAGCUUUUAUGUCGGUGCUGUGAACAAACUGAGACGUUUCUGGUGUCGAUCUGGGACUUUGUUAGCGUAAAGAAGCACACAGAAAUGUUACAUUUUGAAAAGUUUCGCGUCUUUUACUUUCCUGCGUGAAGCAGCUUCAAAAGAAUCUGAAUGUUUUCUUUUGUUUGACUCAAGUCUGUUUAGGAUAUUUGCUUUGAUUGUACUCUGAUUUUGAAUGAAACGCUUUUGUUACAAAAGGAAACACUUUGUGGUUGCAGCGAGUGUUUCAUCUGAAGCCUUCCAGUUGUUUAAGUGCUGAUACCAACGUUUCGUCAGGAACUGAUGCCAGCAUAACAACAACCAGCUACAUGCUGGAGGAGGACAGCUUGUUCCAGCUUUAAACCAGAUCAACAGCUCUAACUCCUAUUAACUAAAACAUGAGACUGGUUGACCAAACAAAGAUGCACAACUUCAUGAAAAAAGAUUCAAACUAUCUCUUAGAGAAAUCAAACUUAGAAAUCAUAUCCAGCAUUACCAGUGCCUCAGCAGUGUGUUAACAAAUCAAAUUUAAAUCUGAUUUUCUUUGUUUUGUUAUGUUUUUCAUUAUGGGUGCAAAAAAAUUUUUUACUUUAAAUAUUCUCUUGAUGUUUGAACUUUAGCUUUGUUUUGGACUGAAGUAGUUUCUUCAUGCCUGACUCUGGAGUCGGCCUUUAAUAACGCUCCAGUUCGACGUGACGAAGCAGACAUCUGCAUGUGUGUGUACAACUCAAACCCUCCACCGCUUCUAAAUAUAAUCAAACACCCAUAAAGUCUGACGGACUGAACAGCUUUGAAAACGAGUUUUGUCGGUUUUUACCGAGUUUCCUGUGUCGUUUUGUACUCUGGAGAUAAAUAAGCAAAAAUGUGAAACCUGGUAAUUUAUCAUUGUUCCUCUCCUACUGUUACAUCCACUGUUUUUAUCUCCAAAUGUAGCAGCAUGUGUUGUUUUAAUAAAAAAUAAAUCUAUGUUUUUCA